AUGUUUAAUAAAGAGGAUGCCUUUCAUGGUGUUAUGGCGGCGGUGGCCCUGGUGGCAGUGCUCUAUACCCGAAGGGGAUUACAGCAGGGUCUGCAGGAAAUGCGAUGGCGACUAACUAUACAUUCGCUUACCGUUCGAGAUACCUAUGGAAGUCCCGUGCAGCUCCAAAGUUUUUCCGGCCAGGUGAUGCUCAUCGUGAACAUUGCUUCCAAAUGUGGUCUCACUUCCUCUCAGUACGAUGGUCUGCGACAAUUAAUGGAGGAAUACGAGGAACGCGGCUUGAGCAUCCUGAACUUCCCUUGCAACCAGUUUGGCGGUCAGAUGCCCGAGUCCGAUGGCCAGGAGAUGUUGGAUCACCUCCGCAAGGAGGGCGCCAAUAUAGGACACCUGUUUGCCAAGAUAGAUGUGAAGGGAGCUCAGGCAGAUCCGCUGUACAAGCUCCUGACUCGCCAGCAACCCGAUAUCGAGUGGAAUUUCGUCAAGUUCCUGGUCGAUCGGAGGGGAAACGUGUACAAGAGAUAUGGCGCUGAACUGGAGCCAGUUGCCCUGGCCCAUGACAUAGAGCUGCUGCUAGCCGAUGCGUCCGAAUAAAUAACGCAACAUGCGCAACAUUCUG